UGAGAGAGGCUGCUUCCCUCAGUCCUUAACCUUUGCCUGCUGAGUUCUGCGGCUCUAAGAACAGCAGAGGCAGCAGAGUCUCGGCGCUUCAGGGAGGGCUCUCUCAUUCCCCCUAUUAUUCAUCAGCCAGGGAGCCCUAUGAUUCCGUCUCCUUGCCUGUCAGAGCUAGAAGUGAUGCUGUGCUGGAACGGAGCCCCAGUCAGACUGGAGUAGAUGUAGCAGAGGAGGAGGAGGUGUUAUUGUGGGGGAAUAAAGCAGUGACAGCAGCAGAGAAGCGCUGACCAGCGUGCUACUUACUGAGUGACACUCAUCCUGCUCAUUGCUGAUCUCCAUUGAGAGCCAGAGACCUAGAAAUGGGACAGCAGGAAGAUUGAUGCUGAAUACAGUAGAACAAAUAACCCAGUUUGGGAAUUAAAGAGACUUGAGUCGUGUAUGCUUUCUGCUCACAUCUUUGCUACUGCAACAUGAGAACUUUUAAAUGCUUGUUAUUACUUGUUUUUUGGGUUUGUCAUCCCCCAAAAAGCAAUACUAGUCCUCUGCCAGAAAGGACUACUGCUAGCCCAGAACCAAUGUUAGAGGAUCAACAGUUCAACAAAGACAGUGACAUGGAACGGAGCCGCUCUAAAAGGAGCUGGAUGUGGAACCAGUUUUUUCUUCUUGAGGAAUACACAGGAACAGAUUUUCAGUAUGUUGGCAAGCUUCAUUCGGACCAGGAUAGGGGGGAUGGAUCGCUGAAAUAUAUUUUGUCAGGAGAUGGAGCUGGGGAAGUAUUUGUAAUCAAUGAAAAUACUGGCGACAUUCAAGCAACAAAACGUCUGGACAGGGAAGAGAAGCCGUCAUAUAUUUUGCGUGCUCAAGCUGUGAACAAGAAAACAGGCAUACCUGUUGAGCCUGAAUCUGAGUUUCUCAUUAAGAUCCAUGACAUUAACGAUAAUGAGCCAAAAUUUACUAAGGACGUUUAUACUGCCACUGUCCCCGAAAUGUCUGACGUGGGAACAUUUGUCGUUCAAGUCACAGCCAAUGAUGCAGACGAUCCAACCUAUGGAAACAGUGCAAAAGUCGUCUACAGUAUUCUUCAGGGACAGCCAUACUUCUCAGUCGAGUCUGAGUCAGGUGUCAUCAAAACAGCAUUGCCGAAAAUGGACAGAGAGAACAGGAAGCAGUACCAAGUGGUCAUACAGGCCAAAGAUAUGGGGGGACAAAUGGGAGGAUUGUCCGGCACUACAGUUGUAAAUAUCACUUUGUCAGAUGUCAAUGACAACCCUCCACGCUUCCCCCAAAGUACUUAUCAAUUCAGGGCCCCAGAGUCUUCCCCUGUGGGUUCUGCAAUCGGCAGAAUCAAAGCUAAUGAUGCAGAUGAAGGUGUGAAUGCGGAGACAGAAUACAGAAUCAUUGACGGAGAUGAACACCACAUGUUUGAGAUCGUCACAGACAAGGAAACGCAGGAAGGAGCUGUUGUUGUCAGAAAGGCACUGGACUUUGAGAAAACAAGGAUGUACACUUUAAAGGUCGAAGCUAUCAAUACUUAUGAUGACCCAAGAUUUCAUUACAUGGGACCCUUCAUGGACAUGGCUACAGUUAGAAUUAUUGUGGAGGAUGUGGAUGAGCCUCCUGUAUUUAGCAGGUCGGCUUAUGUACUCGAAGUGAAAGAAGAUGCAAAAAUGAACAGUAUUAUUGGAACAGUUACAGCCCAGGAUCCAGAUGCUGCUAGAAGCGCUGUGAAGUAUUCUGUGGAUCGGCAUACAGACAUGGAUAGGAUAUUUAACAUUGAUUCUGGAAAUGGAUCCAUUUUUACAUCCAAACUUCUGGACCGGGAAUCAGUGCUGUGGCACAAUAUCACUGUAAUAGCUACAGAAAUCAGUAAUCCUAAAGAAAACAGCCGUGUCCCUGUGUUUAUUAAAGUUUUGGAUGUGAAUGACAAUGCCCCUGAGUUUGCCAUGCUGUAUGAGAUCCAUGUUUGCGAAAAUGCAAAGGCAGAACAGAUGAUACAUACUGUGAGUGCAAUCGAUAAGGAUGACUCGUAUAAUGGACUUCAGUUUUCAUAUUCACUAGCUAUUCCUCCAGUUCAUAGUCCAAACUUUACAGUCAAAGACAACGGAGAUAAUACGGCCAGCAUAUAUACACGGAGAAAUGGAUAUAGCCGCCACGAGAUGAACACGUACCUGUUGCCAGUGCUCAUUUCAGAUUAUGUAUUCCCUGUGCAGAGUAGCACUGGAACUCUGACUAUCCGUGUCUGUGCCUGCGACCACAAGGGUAAUAAACAAUCCUGUACUGCAGAAGCCCUCAGCCACCCCACUGGUUUGAGCACAGGAGCGCUGAUUGCCAUUUUGCUCUGCAUUAUUAUCCUAUUAGUGACGGUGGUGUUGUUUGCAGCUCUAAGACGCCAGAGGAAGAAAGAACCAUUGAUUGUUUCUAAAGAAGAUAUAAGAGAUAACAUUGUAAGUUACAAUGAUGAAGGUGGUGGAGAGGAAGACACUCAGGCUUUUGAUAUAGGUACUUUGAGGAAUCCUGAAGCCAUAGAGGACAGCAAAUUGCGCAGGGAUAUUGUCCCUGAAACACUCUUUUUUCCACGUCGCACUCCAGCUGCAAGAGAUAACACUGAUGUCAGAGAUUUCAUUAACCAAAGGUUGAAGGAAAAUGAUCUGGAUCCGACUGCUCCACCCUAUGACUCCUUAGCAACUUAUGCAUAUGAAGGAAAUGGUUCUGUGGCGGAGUCUCUUAGUUCUCUGGAAUCUGUCACUACAGAUGGAGAUCAGGACUAUGACUAUCUGAGUGACUGGGGACCACGUUUUAAAAAACUAGCAGAUAUGUACAGUGGUGCAGACAGUGACAAAGACUCAUAAUACAGUAUAUUGCCUUUUUGAUUUCCAGUUUUGGAAAAAAACAGCAUUUAAAAAUGAGGAGUAAGCUGUAUGUGCGGCUCUCUAUUGGGCCAUAUGCUCAUCCAAUUGUUUAAUAUUUGAAAAUUGUGCAGACUUAUUGUCAAAGACUUUUUAUAGUAUAUGAGCUUCCAAGAGGCAUUUUCUUUUUCAUUUGUUGAUGUUCCUUUUUUAUAUUACCACAUUUUAGUCAACUUUUUAUCUAAUCAGUCUUAUAAACACUAGGAAAGGGAUUGGGGGGAUAUUUGUACACAGUCUACUCUACUUAUGAUUCCUAUUUGUUUAAACUACCAUAACCAGUCACUUAUUGUGCACCAAUGGUGUUUAUACCCACUGAAUGUCAUGUUAUUAUGAUAUGGGAGAUGUCAAAUCUAAACAUCUUUGGUUAUACUAAAUGGCUUCAGAUCCACUCAGCGAAUUCAAGGGGCCUUACCGUCUUGCCUCUGUACACAAUAAGUAAUUGGCAUUUAUUGAUGGAAAACAAUGUAUAUGUAACAACUAAAAGCUCAUCUGAUAUUUAUUGGGAGGGGGGGGGGGUUUGCCUUGUAAAGGUGGAAAGUAUAUUAGCACUCAUCAAUAUUUAAAGCUUUACCUGUGACGGUUUUGGUAGUCCUGACUUAGGAAAGGAGACACGCCUGGACUUUUUUACUUUCUGAUAUUUGCAUAACUGAACCACUAAAAAUAUAAAAUAAAAUAAAAAAAGUUUUUUCCCCUUACCAUCUGUGAGAAGACAAUACCAGCUGUCAAGUGAAGUACAAAAAUAGGAUGACAUUGUCUCUGUUCUGAUCGUCACGAAAGUGUUUAGUAGAAUUCUAUACAAAUGUAACAAGAUUCAGAUAACUUCAGGAAGUUUCACAUUAUGAUGCAAGAAUAGGCAAAGAAGAUUAUCUACCUUUUUUAUUGUUUUAAGUGAGAUAGCAGUAGAGGUACUGUAAGAAGCUAAACACUAUACAUACUGUUAUUCAUGUACACCAAAAAUCCUAAAUAUUCUUGAUGUAUAAUUUGACUGCUAUGUUUAAAGGAAUUCCUUGCAUAGGCUUGCUCGAAAUGUCUAAAGAACUGAGAUAUAAGCAGAUUUAUAACCAUAAAGGACACCAUGUUAUCUACUGAUCAGUGUUAAUUUUAACUAUUUGGUAUGAUUUCAGUGUAAUAUUUUUUUUGUUUGUUUUAUUUAAAUAAUUAUAAA